UAACCUUAAUUUAAUAAAACAACCCAAUUAUCAUUUUCUCCUCUUUGCGAUGUUUAAUGGACUCGAACCCUGCCCAUUAUAAGACACACUUUGAAAGAUCUUCUCUUUCGCAUUCUGCAACGUCAAAAACCUCAAUUCCAAAACAGAGACAAACCCACAACUAAAAAUCCGAUCUUUGACUCAGUCACAAUCUUGAAUCUCUUUCUUUUUAGGUUUCUUCAUCUGGGUAGUCGUAAUUCUCUUUAAAAAGCUCAUCUUUUUAUCAUAUUAUUGUUAAUCUUAUCGAUAGAGAGAAAGAGAAUGUAUGUCAAAGCUGUGCCGACGACAGAUGUGAACAGGAAUACGGAAUGGUUCACGUAUCCAGGGGUUUGGACAACCUAUAUUCUCAUGGUUUUUAUUUCUUGGCUUAUUGUUCUUUCUCUCUUUGGUUGCUCUCCUGGCAUGGCCUGGACCAUCGUUCACCUCUCUCAUUUUGUUAUUACUUAUCAGUUCUUUCACUGGAAGAAGGGAACCCCAUUUGCUGAUGACCAAGGUAUCUACAAUGGUUUGACUUGGUGGGAGCAAAUAGAAAAUGGCAAGCAAUUGACCCGCAAUAGGAAGUUUUUGACUGUUGUGCCUGUAGUUCUGUAUUUGAUAGCCUCGCACACGACAGACUAUCAAAAUCCAAUGCUCUUCUUCAACACUUUGGCAGUAUUCGUGCUGGUGGUAGCUAAGUUCCCACACAUGCACAAGGUUCGCAUAUUCGGGAUCAAUGCUGAUCACUGAACCACAAAAUUUUUCUCAUGUUUAAUUUACUCCUGUCACCAGAACUAACUUUUUGUUACUGUAAUAUGCCUGGUAUUAUCCCUGUACAGAUACUGAAACUGUGAAGGGUUAGCAUUAUUUCUUUAUUGUGAAGCAAAUAUGUAUACGUCCCUUAAUAACAGCCUGGGUUUUGCUUAAAAAAUGCCCUAAAUUUUUCUGUACCA